AUGGCCGGACCUGGAGGUGGACCCCCUCGUAGGAGUCAUACCAAAUCUCGAAAGGGUUGUGAAACCUGUAAACGUAGACACAUCCGUUGUGACGAGAACUUUCCUCAAUGUCGAAACUGUACGAAGCAUAACUGCCGCUGUCCAUAUAUGGAUAUGCCAGCACAGGAGGAACGAGCUGCCACGCCCGAGAAAGCAGACUUGUUGUGGACCCCGGAGAUUGAAGCAGACAUUGAGCGAUGGCAACAGACUGGGAACUUUCCCUUCCCUGAUCUAUACAUCUAUCCAGCUCCCAACCCUCAGUAUUUCAGCUUCGAAGACCUCCGCCUCAUUCAUCAUGUAGCUUCCGUUUCCAGCGAGCUCAGCAUUCACGAUGCAGGAAAUUUCACUAUUUGGACUCGACAGAUUCCACUCUUACUCAAGAUUGGUUCGAGCUAUCCUUUCGUCAUGCACGCUUUACUUGCCUUGUCUGCAACUCAUCUGGCUUGGUUGACAGACUGCCCUCUCACGGCAAAUAUGGCAUACAUUCAUCGUGGCAUUGCUCUCAAAGGCUUGCACGAAGCUAUUGGAGAGUUUUCUCGUCAAAAUUCAGAUGCAGUCUUGGGAGCUUCACUUCUCCUUUCUUGGCAAACAACGGAAUGGCGUGGUUGGACCCAGCUCAUGCAUGGGACUUCAUCUGUCAUCGACGCUAUGCAACCCUGGAAAAUGGAAUCUCAAUUCGGCGAUUUUAUUGCAGAACAAAGUACGUUCCCAACUGCACCACCAUCCCCAGCGCCCGGCCAGAAGAAACUCAGUCAACCACGCAAGCAAGAUUUGGAAGCAUUGCAACGCGCCUAUGCUCAACUUCAAAAGGUUGAAGUCCAUUUGAAGAGUCACGGCGAAGACACCAAGGCCAUUCAACAACUCAUGAGUUUUGUUCGAGGUGUCCGAAAGGUAUCGCCAUCCCAUACCGCCGCCCAGCGAUUCGAGAUGCUCAACCCACUUCGAGCUUGGUUAUUCUGGCUACCGGUUAUGUUCUUGCAACAAACACGCGGAUCGCCCUCAGCGCUAGUCAUCCUUGCUCAUUACUAUACCAUUGCUUUGGUUGUGGAACCUCUGUUCCCUGAGGUCGGAGCAGCAUAUUUUGGCAGUCUUUCUCUGGGACCCAUCGAAGAGAUCGCCCGCCGAUUGUUCUCCAUCAACGUUUCGCAAACUUCUGAUUCCAACAUGCAAACACCUCUUCAUCUUAUGGAAUACCCCAUAGAUAUGGUUUCGAUGUUUAGAAGUCGUAUGGGUUGGGUUCAGCCAGAACGUACAGCUUCUUUCCCGACAUUUUCACAUCAUAGUUACAGUAUGGAGGACAAUUUCAACACCAUCUCUCCCUACGGAAAUCCAGCUUUCACCUACAGCCAAGAGCAUAUCAUGGCCAUGCCGCCAGAUCCGAUCUCUUCUUCGGCCAUUCCGCCACUAACUCUCGAUCCGUACGCCAACCAGUACUUGGGAAUUCCAUCGCCAAGUGGGUAUGGCGGGUACCACAGUCCGGCAUCUUCGAAUUUUGGGGAGGGUUCAACGAUCUACAGCGAGCAUGGGGAUGAUUUUGCUCUGUAUGAGGGACAGGGCUCCGGCUCCAAUUUCGGCGGGACCACAACAUCAUCUUUUCAAUUCGAGCCAAGAUCUUCUGCGGACCAGAUCAAAGCUGAACAUUCCGACCAUAUGCAGCAACACGUGCAGCAUUUACCUCAAUUUCAACCUUAUACCUAUCAUCCUCAGCAUUUACCUCACUCUCAAUACGACAACACUCCGGUGGAUCCCAAGGGAAAAAACCGCGAGCUUUAA